ACGCAGUUGAGGACAGGAAGGUAGAUCGAAUGAGGAAUGAAAGCGUGGCGAACUGUUUAAAAUCUAAGAAGGGUGCAUUUGGAGAUACUGAAUCAAUUUGAUGAGGAUUAGAAUUUGGAGAUGUUUCCUAUCAAAGUCGAAAAUGUGGUGUUCUUUGACUUGGAGACAACAGGGCUUGGUCUGAGCUGUGAGAUCGUCCAGCUGGCGGCGGUGAGUGGUGCUCACUCCCUCAGCCUGUACUCCGUCCCCCGCUGCAGGGUGCAGCCCCGGGCCGCCGCAGUCACAGGCUUCAGGGUCCGGAGACACAAGCUGUACCUCCAUCGCAAGCCGGUCUUGACCAACUCUCUCAGAGAGGUUCUCGUAUCCUUCAUAGCCUUCCUGCGCAUGCUCCAGCGGCCUCUCAUCAUCGGCCACAACAUCCGACGCUUCGACUGCCGGGUGCUGGCCAGAGCGCUGGACGAGUGUGACCUCAGAACUGAGUUUGUGUCAGUGAUUUCUGGUUGCUUGGACACUCUGCCGCUAGCGAGAGAGCUUUUGAAGGAUGCUGGUCUGCAGAGCUUCCGCCAGGAGGCGCUAGUGAGGACAAUCCUGGGUGUCUCCUACAAGGCCCACGAUGCUCUGGAGGAUGUCAGUGCGCUGCAGAUGCUCUACACAGCGCUGGAGCCCACACCAGAGCAGGUCCUCAGACAUGCCUUCCUCCUGGAGACCACGGCUGGCCCUCCAGCCAGGAAGCUGCCCUGCUCUAACACUGAGGGCCCAUUUAAACUCACAGGACAGCGCCCCCUGUGGGAGCAUCUAAGACAAGCUGUCACGAUUUCAGAGGUGCAGAAAGAGGCUUCUGGCACGUGAAGGUCCAGAAAGUUGGAGAACUUACAGUGUUGUUCUCUCUCUGCUUUCCUCUACUUCGCUGGUCAGAAAACACAAGAUGGCUGCCUCCCCCCCCCAGGAGGAGAGUGCACCUCUCUAACUGGAGAUGAAGAGGGGGAGAGAUCCACCCAUCACUAACGCUAACCCAGCACGGUUGAACAGCGACCCCUCUGUUAGAUUCUCAGGGCCAUGGUGAAGAAUCAUUGUGUUAUAUUGUUUUAGCGUGAGCCUGAAAUACAUAUUUUAAAAUAUUGGAAAUAAAUUUAUUUUAUUGCAAU